AUAGAAAAAGAAGAAGCCAAACCAAACAAGGCGUUUAUAAAAGAGGGAAGAAAGUUACAAAAGAAGAAAACAGAGGACGAAGCAAAGCAAAUUAGCAAAGCAAACCAAAUAUGGAAAAUUGCUACUUAUAGUAACUCCAUCUUUUUAUGAAAUACCCUAAUUUUGAGCGUAGAUUGAUUGGUUGUUGUUCAGAGAAGAAUAAGAAGACGAUGGGAAGAGGAAGGAUUGAGAUUAAGAAGAUUGAGAAUGUGAACAGUCGUCAAGUCACUUUCUCCAAAAGACGUAACGGGUUGAUGAAGAAGGCCAAAGAGCUUUCUAUCCUCUGCGACGCUGAGGUUGCUCUUAUCAUCUUCUCCAGCACCGGCAAGGUUUACGAUUUCUCCAGUGGCUGCAUGGAACAAACCCUUUCAAGAUAUGGACACACUGCUGCGUCCGCCGAUCAUAAACCAAAAGAAGAAGAACAACAACAACUUCUACUCUGUUCUUCGCAAGAGAACGGUGCUGUUGUGUUGCGUAAAGAUGAUGCUAUGAAGAACGAACUUGAGAGAUUACAGCUUGCAAUUCAGAGGCUGAAGGGUAAGGAGCUUGAGGGUAUGAGUUUCUCGGAUCUUAUCUCUCUUGAAAACCAGUUGAAUGAUAGCUUGCAUAGUGUCAAGGAUCAAAAGACUCAAAUCUUGCUCAACCAGGUGGAAAGAUCCCGGUUAAAGGAAAGAAGAGCAUUGGAAGAGAACCAAAUCUUGCGCAAACAGGUAGAGAUGUUGGGGAGAGGUUCAUCAGGACCAAAAGGGCUGAGUGAAAUACCUCAGUUUUCUAGCCCACAAGCGGAGCCCGAGAGCUCUUCAUCAGAUGAUGACGACGAGAAUGACCUCCAUUCCGACACUUCCUUGCAGCUGGGGUUGUCGUCAUCGGGGUAUUGUACAAAGAGAAAGAAGCCGAAGAUUGAAUCGCCCUGUGGCUAUAACUCUGGAAGUCAAGUUGCUUCUGAUUGAUUAAAUAUCAAUUUGUUAGUCUCCUAAGUAUGGUGUUUAAGUAGAGGUUUUAAAUGUGUAUUCUCCUUGUUUCUCAAGUAGAAAUUGAUUUUAUGUGUUUAAGUGAACCAUUUUUUUCCUUUAAAUCAAGAAGGAUUUGAAUAAUCAAGAUAACAUUAGCUUUUUCUUA